AAUGCGCCCUCUACUGGCUUGAUAUGACCAUGCUCUGCGCUCACGUACGCCAUUUUGACAAGAAGACCGCACUUUUUUUACCGGCAAUUCAGCCAUGGCCGUCAACAUGCUGAGGAUAACAAGCAGGCGCUUUGCUGCCUCUGCCUGUGUGCGAUCGACCUCCACGUUGCCCUAUGCCGAUCGCCUAGACUACCCGGCCCCGCCCUGCCGUUUUGUCCCGGAGGCAGACCUGUCAUCGGACAUGCAGGCGCUGAAGGCAAAGGAGCAAGGGGACUGGAAGAGCCUGACUCUGGAUGAGAAGAAAGCCUUAUACAGACUAAGUUUUGACAAGAGUUACUCGGAGAUGCGAGCCCCUACAAGUGAAUGGAAGUACGUCAUUGGUGGUGUCUUUGGGCUGCUUGCCAUCUCCAUUUUCUUUUACGGUCUACAGAAGAAAUUUGUUGCCCCGCCCCUGCCUCGCACCAUGACCAAAGAAUGGCAGCAGGAACAGAUGAAGUACAACAUUGCCAUUCGCAAUAACCCUGUCACGGGCCUUGCGUCCAAAUGGGACUACGAGAAGAACGACUGGAAGAAGUGAUGACAGGGAAAAAGCAUACUUAAGGCUCGAGGUUUAAACUUAGGUACAAUUCCUGUCCACAAACGGAUGGAUUUUAUGUAGCGCAGCCUGGUUGUAAUGUGUUCGAUAUUAGAAGAGAUUUCAAAUUCAUCAUUUUAAGAGAAUAUGAAAGUAAUUUUCAGGGGUUUCAUUUCUACAGAAACCACCAAAUUUUACUGUCAUGGCAACACGAAGGUAAAUUAGCAGGAAAACAGUAUUUAGGAAUUACAUAUUAUGAAUUGUAUGUUCACUCGGUUUGGAUAUCAAACUACACAUGCAAAAGUAAGUUCAAAUUCCAGGUUUCAAGGUGUUUUCUUUUUAAAAAAAUACAGGUUUUCCUAAAACACAUUUAAGUUGGCUUCUCAGGAUAUCUUUGUCAUCCCAUGAAGUUCACUGCAUUGCACUGUUUAUGAGUUUCUGUCUUGGGUAAAAAUGCAAUGCUGGAUAAUUUGGUUCUUUCAUGUGUCAUCUGACAUUUCAGUGCUAAAUUCUGGCAAGUGUUUAGGUGUCACUCGGCAUACAGAAUGGCCUGUGGAUAAUUAUGUCAAGUAAAAACAGCCACCUGACCCGUUUUCUUAAAUUCCAGCGACAGUGGUAACAAAUUGUGUCGCCACUUAGCUUCAAUAUGGUAAUUCCUCCAACGUCUUCAUUAAAAAAACAAGAUGCAUGCUUUGCUUUCUGAACCAGGAUAUGCACCGUGUUAAAACUUUUAGAUGUGGUUUUAAGAAAUCAGUAAUAUUUCCGUAUGCAGUGUUCUAAUAAACAAUGAAAGGUUUCAGUUGUAUUUAAUCUA